CAGUGACGGCGGCGGGCAACUCACUGGGAGUUGACCACAGCGGAGAGAUGGAGGCGCAAGGCUGGGAGGACGACUUCGAAAGACCUCCAGAGAGUCAGAGCGAGAUAGAUGGAACCCUCUUAUCUCUCUUUUUCCUCUCAAAGGACAGAAACCUCAUCCAAGCAGCAGCAGCAGCAGCAGCAGCAGGAGCAGCAGCAGCAGCAGAGGAAACCGACAAAGGUAUUUGAAAGAGAAGGAGCGGGUCCCCAGUAGAGGUCCUGAGCCGCGAGAUAAGCAUAGGCUAGUGCCCAUAUAGAAACGGAGUGGGGGAACGCAGUGGAUCGUACAAGGACCGGGAGAAUCCGACCUCAGCCAGAGAACCCUCGGAUGCCCACCGCUCGCCCUCGGAACCGCGAUGCUUAGUUCUAGAACUCCGCUCCAGAACAGACGCGGAGCGUAACUCUCGCGCCCCAAAGCCGCCGCGCGCCAGAGAAGCUUUUGGCACCCAAUACCCAAGAGCUAUGUACAACUGCUCCUUUGAAAGCUCCCAUGCACGCCUUGUGCCGUCGCAGGGACAGCACCCCCAGCGAGCUGGACUCGCUUAGGUCUUGAAGUCCUCCUGGAACAUGACCUAGAGGCACCUGCGCUUGCAGGUGGUCGCUGCAGCCAUGACAGUCACCAUGAAUAAGGAGGCUGGCGGAGACGAGCUCGCAAAACUCUUCAGUAUGAUCCCGUACUUUCUGCAGGAGGCCAACACCAGCGGCAACGCGUCACUGCAGCUCCAGGACCUGUGGUGGGAUCUGGGGCUAGAGUUGCCUGAUGGCGCAGCGCUCGGGCAUCCCCCGGGCACCGGCGGGACGGAAAGCGCAGACACCGAGGCCCAGGUGCGAGUCCUCAUCAGCGUGGUGUACUGGGUGGUUUGCGCGCUAGGGCUGACCGGCAACCUGCUGGUGCUCUACCUGAUGAAGAGUAAGCAGGGGUGGCGCAAGUCCUCCAUCAACCUCUUCGUCACCAACCUGGCGCUGACGGACUUUCAAUUCGUACUCACCCUGCCCUUCUGGGCGGUGGAAAACGCUCUGGACUUCAAAUGGCCUUUCGGCAAGGCCAUAUGUAAGAUCGUAUCCAUAGUAACGUCCAUGAACAUGUAUGCCAGCGUCUUCUUCCUCACCUCUAUGAGCGUGGCACGCUACCACUCGGUGGCCUCGGCUCUUAAGAACCACAGGACCCGAGGACACGGCCGGUGCGACUGCUGCGGCAAAAGUUUGGGGGGCAGCUGCUGCUUCUCAGCCAAAGCACUGUGCGUAUUGAUCUGGGCCUCCGCCGCGCUGGCUUCGCUGCCCAAUGCCAUCUUCUCCACCACUAUCAAGGUGAUGGACGAGGAGCUGUGCCUGGUGCGCUUCCCGGACAAGUUGCUGGGUGGCGACAGACAGUUCUGGCUGGGCCUCUACCACUUGCAGAAGGUGCUGCUAGGCUUCGUGCUGCCGCUGUGUAUCAUCAGCCUGUGCUAUCUACUGCUGGUGCGCUUCAUCUCCGAUCGCCGGGUGGCGGGGACCGAAGGAGGGGCCUCAGCUGCCCGGGGCAGCUUGGCCGCAGCCAGCGCCCGGAGACGGUCCAAAGUCACCAAAUCAGUGACCAUCGUGGUCCUAUCCUUCUUCUUGUGUUGGCUACCCAACCAGGCCCUCACCACCUGGAGCAUCCUCAUCAAGUUCAACGCGGUGCCCUUCAGCCAAGAGUAUUUCCUUUGCCAGGUAUACGCGUUCCCGGUGAGUGUGUGCCUGGCUCAUUCCAACAGCUGUCUCAACCCCGUCCUCUACUGCCUCGUACGCCGCGAGUUCCGCAAAGCGCUCAAGAGUCUGCUGUGGCGCAUCGCGUCGCCUUCUCUCACAAGCAUGCGCCCUUUCACCGCCACCACCAAGCCAGAGCCCGAAGAUCAGGGGCUGCAGGCCCUGGCACCUCUCCACCCGACCGCGGAGCCUGACCUGGUCUACUACCCGCCUGGCGUGGUGGUCUACAGUGGGGGGCGCUACGACCUGCUGCCCAGCAGCUCCGCCUACUGACUCCGCCCUGGGAGCGCAGUCACAGCAAAGUGGCCUCCCCGAGUGCGGAAAGAGAAAGCCGGUUAGGAGAUGCCGGGGCCCCACAGGAUCUAGAGGUAAGCGGGAUGAGGCUGAGGAGAGGCGCAAAGGAGCCGCCACUGAAAAGACGAGGGGAGGGGGACUGUCUCCGGGGAGGGAAGGCCUCCAAACCCGGUGGAAAGGAGAAGCUGGCAGAGGGACCGAGGCCUGCGUCGCAGGGCCAUGCCACCAGUUUGCGCACCCUUCUCUCCUUAGGCUGUCAACAUUGGGCUCUUAACCGGAGAACGGACUCAGGAAUGCAGAGAAAUUGGGGCACGAGGAAGUGGGGCUUAGCCGAAUGGUGCGCAAUUGAGCACAUUUCUUCAGCGACCUUUAUGGAGCUCUUGGAAGGGUCCUCAAGGUGCGUGCUACUGGGGGAAUUUCCUACAAAACCUUUCCUCUGCGCCUCCGCAGGCGAGACCGCCGCAGCGCCAUCUGACCGCCGCGUGGCUGCGCAGAGAGCCUAGUUUGGGAAUAAGAAACUUUUUCGGAGUUGGAAGAAAGUAGUGACAGUCUUCAUCCGCAUUCAAGAGAAAUGCGCCGCGAGAGAGGCAUCUCCAAUGAGGUCAUUGUUAUCAUUUAUCAUCGCGGCCAAGGCCAGUUGGGUACUCGGGAGCCCGGCUGCGACUCUGCGCUCAGGUAUCACCCGAGGCGCAAAAUAAUUGUCUCCAAGAGCUGUGAGCGAUUCCCUGGGGAUCGGCGUCACUGAGGGAGGGAGCGGAUGCAUUGUGAUUAGAGAGACUGAACUGAGACCUUUUCAGGCUCUCGCCUUUAAAGGAAAGGGGGAGCUCACGUGCUCACUUAGUAACCCAGCAGGAAAAGAGUGCGCUCGGGGCUGGAAGCCUGAACCUUCCAUUUCCCCGGGAGCGGUGUGGGUGCCCCGAAACUCUGUGUGCUCCUUUCUGCGCCCUGCAGGUGAGCUGUGCCCUGGAGCAACUUGAAAAGAUCUGAAUGGACACGCUCCUGGGAGUGGAGGCUUUUCUGUAGCCUCUCCCCCCUCACUCUUUGGGACUCCGGAAUGCCUGUUUGACAGAGGCUCUGGACCAGCCAGUAGAGGGAUGGCACCACCACGGGUUUUGUAGGUUUAGGACUGAAAACUAAGAGAUGUUGUAGAAAUGGGGGGUCGGGGAGAGGGACUCCUGGAAACCAACCCCCUAGAACCAGAUUUCAACAAGAGGCAUGGGGUAGGAAAGCAAAUGGAAGACUCAAGUAAAAUCUGUCCUGAAGGGAAGAGAGUACAGAGAGCCUAUUCUGAGGGGAUGGCCACAAUUUCCGGUGUGGGUUUCUCUCUUUCUCAUAAUACUGAGGAGACAAGGUGGGGAGGAAGACUUCCCUAGGAUAGUACCUUAACCAAGUUUCAUGUAUUCUAAGGAAUGCUCUGCAUGGGGAGCAUGAAUUACUAAUUUUUACUUAACCACCAGGCAAUCUAUGGGAUCAUUUCUGAAGAAUGACACAUUUCUUAAGACAAUUCUGUUCUGGUCACAGCAAUUUAGUCCUUUCUUGAGGCUGCUUAGAGCAUGGGGAUCAAAGAUCAGCCUACCCAUCCAACUGCCAGUUUUGACACAGGUGCUACUGUUCUCUUUGGUGAUCUAGUUUGGGGUUAAAAAAAAAUAACCUGGCAACUUGGGCAUCUGUUGUUGUGGUUCCUUUAUAAUAAAUAAUCAUUACACAAACCUGCCUGAUUAAAUGGCCUCUCAAACUGUAACUCUUUUUGUAUUUUUGUUGGGAGUGUCCUGUACUGUCAGGGUCAGUGUGAGCGGCCCUAACAUCUUUUAUCCUGCUUUCUGUAACACAACACAACGCAAUACCUAAGCAUUCGUAGCUUUGCCACAAAAACAAAAGCUGCUUGGGGUGCCUGGGUGGCUCAGCCGGUUAAGCGUCUGGCUUCGGCUCAGGUCAUGAUCUCACGGUUCAUGG